AUGGAUAAUGAGACCCUCCUAAUCGCUCACAAUUUCUUAUCGUCAGCAUUAAAUAAAAAAACUUAUGCUUUGCAGUCACAGAAUUUGCCUUCUUUUAUAGCUUUAUUUUCACAACUUUUGCAGCAUCACAAUUUAAAUUUGAAGGUAAAAAUUGAAAUUUUUGGAAAAAAUUGCUUAUUUUGUGGGAAAUAUAUAGCGAAAUCUGACUUAUCCCAAGCUGUUGCGUUGAAUUGUAAUGAUUUAGAGCAUUAUUUUUGUGGGCAUGAAUGUAUAAGAAGACAUGCCUUAUUAUGCACAAAUAAUACUUUACUAGAUAUUGAGUAUGUAAGAAGAUAAUUAAAUGUGGCGUUUCGGCGCUUCGAGGUUGGCUACGCCGAUUUUCUUUGAGCGCAUAUUUAUUAUAUUAGGCUAGGUUUUACCAGAAAUGGACAGCAAUGCUAGGUAAGUAUUUCUUGAUGUAGUGAGCCUAGCCAAGUCCGCUUUCAAGGAUCUCAAGGGAAGGGUGGCCCGGAAUCUGGAAAGGUACCGCACAGCAAUGUCUACAGACAAUCCUUACAUCAAUCGGGCACUUCACCAGCGUGAACCAGGAGUUACGCUCUGGGAUAUUUUGCCAAUAGUAGGCCAGAAAUUCCAUUUUUUGGGAUUUUUGUAGACAACCCUUGCUUCCUCAUCCAACAGCCUCAAAGCAAGGCCACUCAAAUCCGAAGACCGUCACUCAACACUGAAGCCGAAAGGUAAGGAGGAGACACUGCCAUCCCUGAUGGAAGACAUGUUCGCAUAGCGGUUGAAUCUCUCGUAUCAGAGAUCUUCGUAAUUGCAUAAAAAUUGAUGAGAGAGCCUGUCUAUAAUAGGUUAAGCUAAGCUAAUUAAGAUAUGUAAGAUGUCCAGAGUGCAGAAACAGCAUACCAUAUAUGCCUUUUCUAUAUAAAUUAAUUUUUUCUAAUCUAUAAAAAGUCUCAUCCAUAUUCAAUUAUGCAAAAUAUGAAAUUUUAAAUGAAGCAUUUAAUGGCAGAAUAAAAGAUAUCCAAAACGACGCCUGCGAUCGAGCCCUUAACAGUCUCCUUGACGACGAAGCCAAAGCUUUAUUAAGCCCAAAAUUCACCUGCCAAGUCUGCUACACCGAAGUAAAAAUCGAAGACGGGAUCACCUUGGACUGUGAUCACCGUUUUUGUACAAAUUGUAUCAAAAUGCAUAUAGAAAUGCUUAUAGAAUCCGCACAGGUUAGUGAUGAAAAAUUAAAAUGCCCAGCUUGCACUCAGCCUUUAAAUGUGUAUGAAAUUGAAGACGCAGUGGGUCCUGAAAUUUACCAAAAAUAUGAAAAAUUCUUAUUAAGAGGUUUACAGUUGUCAGAAAUUGAUAAUGAUAGUAUAAUUUUCCAUUGUCCAGGAGCUGAUUGUGAGUAUAUUUGUAUAGUGGAAAAAGGUGAAAAAGAAUAUGAAUGCCCUCAGUGUAAAUUUAAAUGCUGCCCUAUGUGUAAAGAUGAUGUUCAUAAAGAUUUGACGUGUGAAGAAUUUAAAGAAUGAAAAAUAUGCUGGAUUUGGGUGAAUUUGAGGGUAUAGCUACCAUUUAUUUUAGUUAGUUUAAAAAGAUAUAGAAAAUUCAGAUGCUGAUAGGCUUUUUAAUGAGCUAAUAGAGCAGGAAGGGCUAUUAAGAUGCCCACAGUGUGGAGCUGCUGUUCAGAGAAUUUCUGGGUGUAAAUUUAUGGUAUGUACGUCUCCUCAAUGCCAAGGAAGGACUUAUUUUUGUUAUGACUGUGGAAUUAAGCUAAAAGGAGACCAUGCUGCUCAUACUUGUCGUAAAAGGCUGAAAAAAAGAAAAAAAGCAGUAAAAAAAGCACCUGUAAGGACUGAGCCUCCUGCAUUGAGAAGAGGAAGAAGGAAAAAAUAA